CUGCGGCUCCUCAAGGUCUCUAGAAGCCUGUUUCUCGGCGCAGUCCGGGACCUCCAGCCCCAUGGAGGCCCCGAUUCCACAGAGCGUCCCUUUGACUCCCAACUCAAUCAUGGUGCAGCCCCUUCUGGACUGCCAGAUGCCCCACAGCCGGCUCCAGCACCCUCUCACCAUCCUGUCCAUCGACCAGAUGAAGACCAGCCACGCGGAGAAUAACUACAUAGACAACCCUGGCCUGACUCCCCCAACCGGCCCUAAGCAGACCCAGGGUGGGGCUCCAGAGCUGGCCCUGACACCGGCCCGCUGUUACCAGGAUGUCACCCACCACUGGCUCUCCUUCAGAGGAUGCCCCAGCUCUAUGAGCAGCAGCAGUAGCACCUCCUCUGACCGGCGGCUCCUGGACCACACAGCCCCACCGCCUGUGGCUGAGCAGUCCUCGCCCAGGGCUGUGAGCCUUCAGCCUAAGCUGGUCCACUGUAAGCCACUAGACCUCAAGAGCCCAGAGGCCCCACCAGAGCUGGACAAGCACUUCUUGCUGUGCGAGGCCUGUGGGAAAUGCAAAUGUAAGGAGUGUGCGCCCCCCCAGCCGUUGCCUUCCUGCUGGGUCUGCAACCAGGAGUGCCUGUGCUCAGCCCAGACCCUGGUCAACUACGGCACAUGCAUGUGCCUGGUGCAGGGCAUCUUCUACCAUUGCACCAAUGAGGACGAUAAGAGCUCCUGUGCCGACCACCCCUGUUCCUGUUCCCCUUCCAACUGCUGGUCCUGCUGGUCUUUCAUGGGUGCCCUCUCCAUGGUGCUGCCCUGCCUGCUCUGCUACCUGCCCACCACCGGCUAUGUGAAGCUGGCCCAGCGUGGCUACGACCGCCUGCACCGUCCUGGUUGCCGCUGCAAGCACACGAACAGUGUCAUCUGCAAGGCAGUCAGUGGGGACGCCAAGGCCAGCAGACCCGACAAGCCUUUCUGACACUUUGGGUUGAACCC